UGUUACUUAUUAAACAAACAUCGUAAUCUUCAAUUUUCAUUUUUUAAAAGUGUUUUCACAGGUGUGCAUUCGUACACUUUUAUCAAGGAAUAGAGAUCCCUAUUCCUUUGAAAUAAAAUUAUGCCCAAUUAUUAGUGAUUAUCUGUUAGUGAUUAUCUGUCAAGAUUUCAUCUUUAGAAAUACUAUUACUAUAGAACAUCUAUAGUUUUUAUAUACAUUAAUAUGUUCCUUUAAUAUUGAAUUAAAAAAUUUUAACAGGAAUUAUGUUUUAUAAUUCAUAUAUUAAAUGACAAAUUUAAAUAUGAAACGAUAAAUGUGUAUAUUUUAUUUAUACAUGAUAAUAUACAAAUUAUACACACAUAUAUAUGUAUAUAUUGUUCUUUAUAAUUGAAUUGUAAAAAAAAUAUUUUAAUGCAUUUAAAAAAAUGACAGAAAUAAAUUGGAUUGCAAAACCUAUGAAUUAUAAAACAAUACGAUUUAUAUCUUUAGAAGAAGUAACGGAACAUCCUUUAAAACCUGUUACAAUUAUGUUAAUUGAUGGUCGUGGGACAAAACGUAAUGUGUUACGAAGUACAAGUACUGGUUCUUCAACUACUACACCAACACCAACUCAUACACCUAUUCCUAAAAAUUCUUUAACUGAUCCAUUAUUGAGUCAUUGUUCCUUUGAUGGAUCCGAUCCUCUUUCACAAUUUGCUAGAGAAGAAUUAGAUCCAUUAUCUAAAAUGGCUGCAGAUGAGUGGGAUUACUCUUGUAUAACUACUGGUAAAAAAUCUGUGGAUACUGCAGAAGAAUUAGUAGAACCAUGGUCAGCAAGACGUACUACAAUAUUGAAUAAAUACACAACAUCAGAGAAGUUAUCAAUAGCUACCAGUUUUUUACCAGGUGGUGAAAAAGUUAUUGUUAAAGUUCAACCAAGUGGUGGAGUUGUUGACAAAGUACGAACAAGAUUAGAACAAUUAGAUGAUUUUGAAGAAGGAUCUCUUAGACAAAUGUUAGAUUUAUCUCAACAACAAUAUACUGCAAGAGUUGAACAACUAAAUAAUGAACUUGUACAAGCUUGGCAUUCAGACCAAAGAGUUAAAGCACUUAAAAUAGCAAUUCAGUGUGCCAAAUUAUUAGUAGAUACAUCUGUUAUGGCUUUUUAUCCUGGCAAGUUUGUUCUUAUCACAGAUAUUUUAGAUAUUUUUGGAAAAUUGGUUUAUGAAAGAUUAAAGAUUAAAGCUGAAUAUUACAAGCCAGGAAGUAAAGUGCCCACGAGUUUACCUGAUAAUUUUACACCCGAUAUGGUACCUGAAAAUGCGAAAGAGACUUGCAGAAAUUGGUUUUAUAAAAUAGCAUCAAUAAGAGAAUUAGUUCCACGUCUUUAUGUAGAAAUGGCAAUAAUAAAAUCGUAUAGUUUUUUAACAACAAGUGAAUUCAAUACAGCUCUAUUGCGAAUAACGCGAAUGAUAAGAGGUAUUGGAAAUCCUCUCAUAGCUGUAUAUGCAAGAUGUUAUUUAUGUCGGGUGGGAUUAGCUUUAAAUAAAACAUCUGAUUUUGAAUUUGUAAGAGAAAACUUUUAUGAUUUUCUUUUUACAUAUCAACAAUUGUUUGGCCAAUUUAUAAAGAAUGAAUUAAUCGAACAGAAUAUGACUUUAUAUUCUUAUUUAAAUCUUUAUUCGCCAGCAUUGGAUUGGAUUUUACAAGUAUUGGUAGCUACGACUUCUGAAAAUUUUUUAGAAGAUGUACUUUCUCGAUGUAAAAAUCAAGCAAAUAGUUCAUUAUUAUUGAAUAGUAUUUUAACAGCAUUUAAAUCUUCAUAUGUUGCGGGACGUGCAAUAGAUUUUGUAAAUUUAAUAACUGCAAUCGAAGAUGAUGGUUUUCCGCAAUAUCUUUUAUAUCGAAGUUUAGGUGAAAGUCUUAUAUUAGAAUCACCACCAAAAGAAGACUGCCAAUCAAUUCUCAAUAUAAUAUGGAAAUAUAUAACAGAUUUAACAAAUCCUAAUAAAUUCAUGCAUUGCAUUGAAAUUUGGAUUCAAUUCACUGCUAUUCAUUUUUCUGUAAAUGAAUUAAAUCUAUUUUUUGGAAAAAUAAUUGAUCGACUUAAUCCGAAUAAAAGUUUUGAACACCAUUAUCCACAAUUACAAAAUAUCAUUGAAAAAGUAGUAUCUCAUACACAAGAUUUUGAAUCGUUACUUGCUAUGGAUAAUUUUUUACCUCUAAUAGAUUUAUUUCAUAAAGAAAGUAUAAAGGUUGAAGUAUGUAAGACUAUAAUAGAAGGUAUAAGUACACAGACCAGCCCAAUUACCGAUCCUAUUAUUAUAAAUGCUCUUAUGUUCAUUGCAAGAAUAAUGCACGAUUCUGUUAGUGCUCUAACUGUUGAAGAUGAAAAACGGCAAAUUGGUCAACUUAUAUGUGGUAUUGUUCAACGUGUUGAUUAUGGACGUGAUUUUGAAAAACAGCUUAAUUUUUAUGCCGAAGCUAGAGCAGCUUUUCCUAAUCUCGAUAGUGUUCAUAUACAACUGGUACAGUGUGUAAAUAGAUUAUCAGUUGAUACUCGAAAGAUCGUUCGUGGACAUCAUACAAGAAGAACUUCGGCAUUUGUACGUGCUUGUGCCGCGUUUUGUUUUAUUACCAUUCCAUCAUUAACUUUGGUUUAUACGCGGCUUCAAUUAUAUUUACUUUCAGGCCAAGUUGCACUUUUAAAUCAAUGUUUAGGUCAAGCUGAUGCAUGUUUCAAAGCUGCGUUAAGUUUAGUUCCGGAAAUGCCGAAAACGAUAGACAUAGAUGGAAGACAAAAAAGUUCACAACCUUAUUUACUUUCAUAUUUAUCGAAUUUUUUAUCCACAUUGCUUGUUGUACCAGAUAGUCCAGAACAUGGUGUUUUAUAUCUCAUGCGAGGUUUACUUAAUGCUGUUCAACGGUGUUUCGAAGAAAAUACAUCAAUGAAAACAUAUUUAUAUUUACGCGUACUUGACUUAUUGUCAACAAUUGUUCAAGAAAAUUAUCCAUAUCACGUUGAAAAGGUCGAUUCUAACGAUAAAUUAUAUGGAUCUGAUCAAAAAUUUAUAAGCGAAGUGAACAAAAUAAGUUCUAAAAUCGUAGAAGAAAUUUUAUCUCAUUUAAAAUAUCUUGGUUCUACCGAUCAACUUGAGAAACAAGCAAUUCUUGCAUUGGAGCUUUUUAAUUGCUUUAUUAUCAGAGCAGAUUUACGUGACCCGCAAUUAGCGCAUAUGGCUGUAAAUUUAUGGAAUUUAUCCGUACGACAUGGUUCCAUAGAUUCGAAAAUGAAGAUGAAAAUGAUAGCUUAUAUAGUACAAAAAAGUCAUGACAAAGAGUAUGAACAUUUUGGUGACAUUUUAAGAAAAAUGUUAAAAUAAAUAAAUAUAGAUUAAAUUAACGAACAAAAGGAUCAAUGAAAGACUAGAAUUAUACGUUAAGUCGAUGGAAAUGGGAAAAAACAACGAUAGAUUAAAUAGCUUUUUAAUAAUUUUUUGGAAGACAUAUUGAUUGAUAUUAUAUAUUAAAUAUUCUUUAGCCAUAGCAACAUUCUGGUUGCAUGUUGAAAUAUAA